GCGGACAGGCACUGAACGCAUGGCAUGGACAUAAAGGCGCAGGGCAUGAAGCAUUUACAUUUAUACCCCAGGUUUUCGGGGCCGAUUCAUUCUCCGGGGUUUCUUGGGGGGCUCUUAUUUUCUUCACUUCUCUCGACUUUCUCUGUUCAGGGCUUUCGGGUAUGCAUGUUGCGAACUUGGUAUGAGGAAACGGGGUGGGGGAACGGGUAUGGCAGCCCGCUGGUUGGGAGAAUUGAGGGUUUCUGGGAUGAUGUCGCCGGCAUCGAGUGUAGGCAUCGGGUGUGCCGCACAAGGGCCAGUUGGAAGGGGUUCGAGAACGAGAUCUAUGAUGAUCGUUUCGCCUCGAGGGCCGGUGGAGCUUCGUAUAGAUUUACCGACUGGUUUACAAAACAGUAUCGGGAUCUGUAUCUUACACACGAAUGAAGUAAACCUGAAUCUUUCUGAGUUGCUUGGUUUCAUGGCUGUCCAUCAUCACGCGCCUCUACUUUCAGUCCCUGAGCAAAGAAAGACGAAUACCCAAAAAGGAAGAGAAAAAAAGAAAGGGCUGAAAGUUGAAGAUCACAGCCAGAUUUGCAUCUAUCGGUCGCUUGGACUACGUUGUAUGUCUUAAGCUCAUCUAAGCUCAUCUAAGCUCAUCUAAGCUCAUCUAAGCUCCUCUCAUCUACGGCUAUCUGUCCCAUUCCAUACGCAUACAUAGAAUAAUAUU